GACCCCAGCGACUCCUGUGUGUAUCUGCAGAGCAAGGAGUGUGUCACCACCAUCUGCUCCUGCUUGGGCUCAGGCUGGUGGGCUCAUGACAGCGGUGAUACUUCCUGCAUACACAACUGGGCUCUGGAGUCCUGUGUGCAGGGCUGACCAGGGCUCUAGUCUGCUUCAAUUGGUCUGUAUUGCUCAGCUGCAUUUGUACAAACCACAACCAUGCAGCGCGUCCACAUGUUUGCAAAUUGCAAACAGGAACAGGAACAUAUAAAAUGACAGGGAGGCAGCAAUUCCAUAGACUCGGCAAACUGCAGCCGAACGGAGAACACUCCUGGAUAACCACAGAGUAUCGUCGCAGCCACAGCCUCAGUGCCAUGAGUGUAGAUGACGAUGCCCGCUGGCUGGAGUGGGUCACCAAGCAGUUCGAGAGCAUCGCCGGCGACGACAAGGAGAUUGACUUGGAGGAGUUCAAAACCGCUCUCAAAGUGAAGGAGUCUUUCUUCGCCGAGAGGUUUUUCGCGCUGUUCGACUCCGAUGGCAGCGGCUCCAUCAGCCUGGACGAGCUGCUGAAGGCCCUGAACCUCCUGAUCCAUGGCAGCGAGACGGACAAGCUGCGGUUCCUGUUCCAGGUGUACGACGUUGACGGCAGUGGCUCUAUCGACCCAGAUGAGCUACGCAUCGUGCUGAAGUCCUGCCUGCGCGAGAGUGCCAUCUCGUUGCCCGAAGAGAAACUGGACGACCUGACGCUGGCGCUGUUUGAGUCCGCUGACCGCGACAACAGCGGUUCCAUCACCUUCGAGGAGCUGAAGGCUGAGCUGGAGAGCUUCCCUGAGGUCAUGGAGAACCUCACCAUAAGUGCUGCCAACUGGCUGAAGCCCCCUGACUUGGAAAAGAAGAAGCACCAGACCCCACGCUACCUGACACCGGCAUACUGGCACAACAACAGCCGCAAGCUGCUCUUCCUGGGUGGCUACGUCUGCCUCAAUAUCCUGCUAUUCACCUUUGCUGCGCUCCAGUACAAGCCCAGCGGUCCCUGGAUCAUGGUGGCCAAGGGCUGCGGGCAGUGUCUCAACUUCAACUGCACCUUCGUCAUGGUGUUGAUGUUGCGGCGCUGCCUGACCUGGCUCAGAGCCACCUGGGUGGUGCGGAUCUUCCCGCUGGACCAGAACAUCCUGCUCCACCAGCUGGUUGGCUACGCUAUCCUUGGCCUCACCAUUGUGCACACUGGGGCUCACGUCGUGAAUUUCGUGGUGCUGUCCCAGCGCAGCGAUGGCUACGGCCUGUGGGAGUACCUGUUCACUACGCGCCCGGGGAUCGGCUGGGUGCGCGGCACGGCCUCUCUGACCGGCGUCCUGCUGCAGCUCCUGGUGGGCCUGAUGGUGGUGUGCUCCAGCACGUUCGUCCGGCGCAGCGGCCACUUCGAGGUUUUCUACUGGACCCACCUGUCCUACAUCUGGGUGUGGGCCCUGCUUGUCGUGCACUGUGCCAACUUCUGGAAGUGGUUUGCAGUCCCCGGGCUGGUGUUCCUCUUGGAGAAGCUGGUGGGCAUCGCGGUGUCACGCAUGGGAGGACUCUACAUCGUGGAAGUCAACCUGCUGCCUUCGAAGGUAACACACCUGGUGAUUAAGAGGCCACAGUUCUUCCAGUUUAAACCCGGAGACUAUGUAUACAUCAACAUACCUGUGAUUGCCAAAUACGAGUGGCACCCCUUUACCAUCAGCAGUGCUCCAGAGCAGCAAGACACACUGUGGCUUCACAUUCGAUCAAUGGGUCAGUGGACCAACAGGCUAUAUGAAUACUUCAGGCAGCUGGAGCCCCAGCACUGCUCUGCCAAGAGACUGACCAGGAGUCUGAGAAACCGACACCACCAAAGAACCACACAGGAAGAGCUGUUCAACUCUGUGGGCUGCAACGGGACGGUGGCAUCCAACAAGGAUGAUGCCAUCGAGCUUAUGUCCUACAGGUCCAGCUCUCCUCCUGGCCCGACCGACCCCCCUGCUGAUCAGCUGGCGCAGCUGGAGCAUGGGGAGGUCCCCCAGCUCCGAGAGAUCUCAGCAAAAGUGAACGAAAACCAGCGAUUUUGUAACAUAAAGUGCUAUGUGGAUGGUCCAUACGGGACCCCCACCCGGCAGAUCUUCGCAUCGGAACAUGCCGUGCUGAUCGGAGCCGGCAUUGGGAUAACCCCCUUCGCCUCCAUCCUGCAGAGCAUCAUGUACCGGUAUCGGAUGAGGAAACAGAACUGCCCAAAUUGUAACUAUUCCUGGUGUGAGAAUCUGAAAGACAAUGAAAUGAAACUGAGAAAGGUGGACUUCAUCUGGAUCAAUCGGGACCAGAGGUCCUUUGAGUGGUUUGUGAGUCUGCUCACCAAACUAGAGAUGGACCAGGCAGAUGAGGAGCCAGAAGGCCGCUUCCUGGAGAUGCACAUGUACAUGACCUCCGCCCUCAGCAAGAACGACAUGAAGGCCAUCGGGCUGCAGAUGGCCCUGGACCUGCUGGCCAAGAAGGAGAAGAGAGACUCCAUCACUGGGCUCAGGACACGGACCCAACCGGGUCGGCCCAACUGGGGCAAGGUGUUUCAGAAGGUCGCUGAAGAGAAAAAGGGGAAAGUCCACGUGUUCUUCUGUGGUUCUCCAGCUCUUGCAAAAUUCAUAAAGGCUCACUGCGAACAGUCCGGCUUUAAAUUCUACAAAGAAAAUUUCUGAGGCAGCCGUGCAUCCAGAGCAGAUCGGAUGGAGCACUGUGGACAACUCUCAUCAUGCUUUCUGUACCACAUUACCUGCUUCUGCGUGUUCCAGUUUUAAAAAAAGAAAACCAAUUCCUAGCACUACAACAUACAAAGUUUAGUGAUUAAAUUCACUGUGGGGGAAUUUAAUAGUAACAUUGUUAAUAUUUGUUUAGGGCUGUAUGGUGGUGCAGUUUUAGCAUCUCUGUCUUGCAGUGCUGGGUUCAGCUCCUGGGGUGGUAUCAGCAUAAAGUGUGUAUGUUCUCCCUUUGUUUGUGUGGCUUUCUUCUGGGUGGUCCAGUUUCUUCCCACAGUCUAAAGACAUACCGGUAGGUUGGCUGGCCCUGCUGUGUGUGUUUGUGUCUACGUGUGCCCUGUCAUGGACUGGUGUCCUGUCCAGUGUGUUUCCCGCCUUGUGUCUGUUGCUUGUCAGGUUAGGCUCUAGCUUCCCUGCAAUGCUGUACUGGAUGAAAAAGUGGAUGGAUAUUUGUUUACUUGCCUACUGUUUUGACCAAUUUGUGUUCUUUUACAAUGAGAUCAAAAGAGCACUUUUCAUCCCAAAGAAUCACAGAUCACUUUACACAUAGUAGAGAAUGAACAUCAUCUAUCACUGCAAUUCAGUUCCCACCUGGGUGACCUGCUGCAGCCCCACUACACAGCAGAUCAGGUAGAAAAGUAAAGAAUUGCUUUGCCAGUUGAUUGUAGGUGGAUCUUAAUGCAGGCUAGUUUGAACAAGGUUAAUAACCCUGCUUUUAUGAAACAUGUGCCAUGAGAUCUUUAAUGAUCAGUGAGUGAUGAUCAGAGCUUGGCGUAACAUGUCACCCGGGGGACAACACUUCCUGUAACCAAACAGGUGUGGAAAUUCUGAUUCUAGGGAAAGAGCACCACCUACUGGUCUACCAACAGCACUUGCAGUACCCAAGCCACCCUUCCCAGCACUGAACAGACCCAGCCUUGCUUUGCUGUUGAGAUCCUGACAAGGCUGGGCUAGAAGGUGGUCAUGCUCCUGUGUAAACUGAAUGUGGAGAUAAAUGUAUUGAGAUCAUGACUUUCAGAGGAUUCGCUGAAGCCUACCUGAAAGAGGUUAUUUUCAUUAGGGUGAACCACCAUCUUUUAAUUUCAAACUUUCUGAAAGUGGGAAGCUGUUUCUUCAACUAUUAUUGAUUUUCCCCCUUGCAAAAAUAAAAUCAGUGAUAGGUUUUUUAUUUUUC